AUGUUCGUCGUCGGAAGGAACGCCAGAGAGAGUCAGAGAGAGAUGGAGAACGUUUUGUCUCCGUUACUGUCACCGUCGCCGUCGCUGGCAGGUGAAACCGUAAUUAGAGUAUCGUCUAUGUUCGUUUAUCCGAUCAAAUCAUGUAGAGGCAUUUCUUUGUCUCAGGCAGCUCUCACUCCCACCGGAUUUAGAUGGGAUCGAAACUGGUUGAUUGUGAACUCAAAAGGAAGAGGAUUGACUCAAAGAGUGGAACCAAAACUUGCUUUGAUUGAAGUAGAAAUGCCUAAACAUGCUUUCUCGGAGAAUUGGGAGCCGGAGUCGAGCUCUAACAUGGUGGUUAGAGCUCCUGGUAUGGAUGCUCUCAAGGUCUCACUAACUAAACCGGAAAAGAAAGCAGACGGUGUCUCGGUUUGGGAGUGGUCAGGCUCUGCGUUAGAUGAAGGAGAAGAAGCAUCUCAGUGGUUUACAAACUUUGUUGGGAAGCCUUGUCGACUUGUUCGUUUUGAUUCAGGCUCUGAGACUAGACCUGUGGAUCCAAAUUAUGCUCAAGGCCACUAUGCAAGGUUCUCAGAUAUGUACCCGUUCUUGCUUAUAUCACAGGGCUCUCUUGAUUCACUGAAUAAGCUUCUCACGGAGCCUGUACCGAUCAACCGGUUUAGACCCAACAUCUUUGUUGAUGGAUGUGAGCCAUUCGAUGAAGACUUAUGGACAGAGAUCCUUAUAAACGAUUUCACCUUUCACGGUGUGAAGUUAUGUUCCCGUUGCAAGGUACCGACGAUAAAUCAAGAAACUGGGAUCGGAGGUCAAGAACCGAUUGAGACUCUUAGGAAUUUCAGGUCAGACAACGUUUUACAACCCAAGAAGAGACCACAGGGAAAGAUAUACUUUGGGCAGAACAUGGUUUGGAAAGAUGGAUUCGACGAUGGAAUGCGAAAAAGGAUGAUUGAAAUUGGUGAUUCCGUUGUUGUCCUCAGAAAACUCUCCUCUCCAGCUGAAGCAGCAACUUGA